UUCCGCCUUCCUGCUUCCGGUCUGGCGGUGAGUGGGGAGUGGGAUCCGAUCCCGUGGGGUUAUGUAGGGGAAGUUGGUGGCUGCAGCUGCCGUGGUUUUCUCCUGGUGUCCAGCAGAAACGGCGGCGGCGCAAGGUGUGGCUGGGCCAACCCAGGAUCCCCCAGGACCCUCCGCUCUGCGCGACAAGGGGCCCGCGCUUGCCAAGGCCGACGGGCAGGAGUGAACGUGGCCUUCGUGGGUCUGCAGCCCCGAUAGGCCAAUUGUACAGAAUUUAAACCGUCUCUCAGAUGUGUACAGUAGAACUCAAGAAGACAGACUACCAAGGGUCAUCUGAAGUCGUGAUUGGGUCACUAAUAACACCAGGACAAAGUUAAGGGAUCACUACUCAAGCAUAAGCCCCAGUUUUCAUAAGACUGCUGUGAAGAUGUUUGAUAUAAAGGCUUGGGCUGAGUAUGUUGUGGAAUGGGCUGCAAAGGACCCCUAUGGCUUCCUUACAACCGUUAUUUUGGCCCUUACUCCACUGUUCCUAGCAAGUGCUGUACUGUCUUGGAAAUUGGCCAAGAUGAUUGAGGCCAGGGAGAAGGAGCAAAAGAAGAAGCAAAAACGCCAAGAAAACAUUGCAAAAGCUAAACGACUAAAAAAGGAUUGAAGGACUGAACAGGCUUUGCAACCAGAGGAAAAUCAUUUGGAAAAUUAUGCAGCUUUGGAAGAACCCACUAAAGUUUCUUCUUUGGAUUUCUUGACAGUAUGAUUUAGUAAAUGAAAUUUGACCAAAUGGAAGAAUCAUGUUAGUUCUGACCUCAAUACUAUAGUAACUUUUAGGCGUGGGUGUAGAAGUUUAUAGGUUUCUAUUGACAGUUAUUGUAAAUUAGCAUUUACUGUGGUACAAAUUCUUUAUAACUGACUUAGUCAUUUGCCGCUUAGCAGUUUAUAUAUUGAAAUGAAAACAUCUUGUGGGGAAAAGUGACUUUAGAUUAUGAACUCAAUUCAAAUGAACUCUAUUUAAAAUGGGGUCCUAUUUUGGACAAAGGAAAUUAAGAAUGUAAAAGAACAGUCUUGAGGUAAAAAGUGUGCUUUGGCUUAAAAGGGAUACAGUAUAUUAAUUACAUCUUUUAUUAUUAUUGCUUAUUUCUUAGAAUCAUUUCUGGCUUUCUCAAAACAAAAUAAUAUUAAUGAGUACUUCUAUUUGCUGCAUUUUUCUUAUUACAGCCUUUGAGACAGCUGGUAAUUAUAAGUCAUUUUCCAUUUUUUAAAACAUAAUUUUAUAAAGAAUUCUCUUAUCUUGACUAUGUAGAAUACCACCUACUGGACAGAACAAUUUUUGUACUCACAAACACUGCCAUUUUCUUAGAGAUGGCUUGAGAGGAGUAACACUAUGGUUUAAAGCUUGCAGUAAAAAUGCCAAACACUGUAGUACCUUGGAACCCAGUUUAUUCUUGUGCUAAGCAGAACUGUAAAAUAGUUAAAAUGUCUUAUCAAGUAAUUUGCCGAUUACAAAGACACCAUUUGUUUUUUAUUUCAUUCUUUGUUUUAACUCAUGUGGUAGUGAUAUUUAAUACUUUCUGAUCAAACAGGUUCAAAGUAAAACGUUAAAUUUCACAUUUCUUUUAAAGAACUCUUAAAGUGUAACAGUUAUGCCAUACUUCAUAAGUGGUAAAGAAAGGUAUAAAAUUUGGAAACAUUUUGUUGGGCAUAGUAGUGAUUGGGUGAAAAGGAUAAAUUAUAUCAAAAUGAGAAUGUGCUGUAAUUGGAAGUAGGGAGCUAAAGGAUGUUUCUUUCAGUUUAGUAGAACUGGAACGUUUUACUAUUAAACAUGGCUUUUAUAAAUGCAUGGUCCAGUAAUUUUAUUCACUGUUAGUAUUUAAUUCACUGUCAGCUUAUUAAUGUUUUCUGUACCCGAUAAUGAAUUUUAAAUUACAAAAAAUUGUCCAGCAGCUACAGUUUAAAAAUGAAACUAGACAUUAAAAUAAAUUUGAUAAUUUUUUAUAAA